UUCUCUCUCUGAACCCCCAUCUUCUCGUCCUUCUUGUUCCUCCCCUUCUUGUUCCUCCUCUUGUUGUUCCUCUUCGUCUCCUCGGUGCUGCCCGAGUCAUCCAGGCAGAGAGUUCGACGUCCGUCGUCGGGGCGUCAGGACCUCUUCUCUCUCUUUCCUUCAUCCAGUAUCUUUCUGCAUCCCAAGUGGAUCUCUUUCUUCGCGCGUUACUUCCUCUACUUGCAGGCCUUUGACUUCCGGUUCUCCUUACUGCUCGGAUUUUCCUUCUGCGUCGGCGCCGUCGUCUUCUUCUUCUCCUCCGUCUUCGUACAAUUUUCGUCGUUUUCCUCCUGACCUUUCUUCACGUCGUUCUUUUGCCUCUUUUCCUUCUUCGCUUCCUUCGUCUUCUGUUCAUUUUUCUCGUUGGGUCUCUCGUCUUUCUGCUGUCGUUUUUCCUCCCGUAUCGUGUCUUGCGUCUCGUUGUCCUUCUCUGUCUUCGCUGUCUUCGCUGGUUCCUUCUCUCCGAGCUCUCGGUGGUUCUCUCUCCUUCGCCCUCUCCCGGAGGCUCAGUUUCUCUUCUCUGUCUCCUCGCCUUCGGCUCCCUCCUCCAGCUUCUCCGACACCGUCGCUGCUCUCGCGCCUUCUCUCAUCGUUUCCCUCUCGUCUUCGAACGCCCAAAACGCGGCUUUUCUCUCCUACGUGGCGGUUUUCGCUCGGAGCCCAGUUCGCGGCUCUCUGGACUCGAGUUCGUCUCUGUCUCUCUGUCGCGCGUUCUUCUCCGGGUCCUUCUUCUCCCUUGAAUCCGAGAGUCCUCUUCUCUCGCCUCUCUCGUGUCGUGGAGUCUUCGUCUUUCGCUCAAAGACGCGCCUCUCUCUUCGCUCGAGUUACUGCGGCUCUCCCUUCCUCCGUCUCUUCUCUCGGGUGGAAUCUCCGCGCAUUCGUCCCCCACCUGCGCUCGCUCCUCCCCGCUCCUCGAGUGUGCCUGGACCUGGCGGUGCCGCCCCUGCCUCCUCUGGCCAGUUCGCUGCGGGCGCUGCUGUUCCUCGUGUACGUCUCCGAUGCGUUUUUCUUUCGCGGCGCCCUCGCAGCCUCUUUCGCCUUCGACAUGCAGAAGGAAGUCGAGCGUCCCCGCAUGUUCUUUCCUCUGCUUCAGUUCUUCACCCGCGCCGCGCGGUCAGCGAUUGUGCAUGCGAACUUUGUUCACCUUCUUGUCAACCUCCGGGGCAUCUCCCAGAUCUUCCCUCUGUGCGAGACACUCUGCUACGACGCUCUCUUCGGCACGUACGCUGCUCCCUCCUCUGCCUGUGGGUCUGCUGCUCCGCCUGCUCCCUUUUCCCUCUUUUCGCUUUCAGAUUCUCUUCCCUUCCUGCGCGAAGGACUGGUGUGGAGAGACGCGGGGAAGGCGGCAGGCCAGGCUUCCUGUCUCUCGGUCCUGAGCAGCGACGAGAGCGCGGGAGGCGUCGCGCGCUGGUGCUGGUGGCUCGAACGCGGUCGACGAGGCCCAGGCUUCGGCCCACACGGCUGGGUGGCGCGCGUCGUCCUUCUCUCGCUCUUUUUUGCUGGAACGGCCGCAGGGAACGUCUCUUCUCUUCUGCUGCGACGCUGGUGGAGUCGCGUGGAGUGGAGCGUGGAGAAGCAGACGCGCGACGAGGAGGCCCAGAGGCGGUUCUGGGGUGGCAAGGUGAGACGCGAAGACCUCUGGCUCGAGCAGAUGGAACUGGCCGACGCAGAGAAGCCGCGGAAGAACGCCGACGUCUGGACGCGACACCGCCGCCUGGAGAAAGUCAAGAGCGACUCGCAGGCAGGAGAAGUCGAGGAAGAAACGGACGCGAGAGAACGCGAGAACGACCGAUCCUGGUGUGUGCGUACACUCGGAUGCAGCGCAGGUCUCUACGCACUCCUCGGCACGCUCGUGGGCAGCGCGAGAAUCCACACAGCCGUGAAAAGAAAACUUUGUGGGCAAAUGGCGCGACGCAUUUUCAUGGAACUUUUCGCGCCAGUUGGAGCAAGCGGCCUUGACGAACCGGGCCAUGUGGGCGGAUUUCUCUUUGGAUGCCUCGUCGCUGGACUCCUUGGAUGGUGACUCCCUCGCUCCGGCGCGCAAAAGAAAAUGAGGCGAAAGCACCAUAAAAAAGGGCAAAAAGGAAAGGGAGACAGAGAACAACGGGGAAGAGGGGAAAAGAGAAGGCAGCGUUACCUCGUGAUGCUCUCUCGCUUUUCUCCAUUUCUUCUGUGACGGUCUCUCAUAGGAAGUUCUUCUCUGUCUCCUGGAAAUCUUGUGUCUUUUCAUCUUCUGUUCGUCUCUCUUCGUUCUCUUCUCUCUCUGUGUGUGACCUUUGGUUCUUCUUCGCUGUCUUCUCUUGCUUUGUGCACUCACCCUCCCGCCUUGCUUGACACAUGAGGCUUUUCUCCACGCUCUUAAAAGACAAGUAAAAACAACAGUGAAACGCAGGCACAC